CUGCAGGCUGGGAGCGCCGGAGGAGCCCCUCUUCGUGCGCGGCGAUGUUGGCGAGCGGGGCUGCGCGGGGGGAGCCUGGAGCCAAAGAAUCGGAGCUCAAUUCCUGUUUGGAAGACGGAGAGGAUCUUCUUAUCCAAGUUCCCAAAGAGGAGGAGACCUCAGCAGAACGAGACCUCGCUUCCUGUAAGGAAGAAGGAGAAAGUCUGUUUAUCCAGGUCGUCAAAGAAGAGGAGGAGGAGACCUCAGCAGAGCUAGGCCUCAUUUCCUGUUGGGAAGGAGGAGAAGAAGAAGAUCCACUUAUCCAGGGUCUCAAAGAAGAGGAGGCAGAGACAUCAGCAGAACCAGACCUCAUUUCCUGUUGGGAAGAAGGAGAAGAUCCGGUGAUGCAGGAACCCAAAGAAGAGGAGGAGACCUCAGCAGGAUACAUCUGGGGUGUCAAGGCUGAGGGAGAAACAUCUGAAGUAUCACUGGAAAAAGAUGAGCAGCUGCAGGGGCAGAAACUGAGGAGUCAAGAUGGAGCAAAGAGACAAGAGGAGAGACAAACUCACACCGGCGACAAACCUUAUCAAUGCUUGGAGUGUGGAAAGAGCUUCAGGUGGAGAAACGCCCUUACAGUGCAUCAAAGAACUCACACAGGGCAUAAACCCUAUAAAUGCUUCAUGUGUGGAAAGAGCUUCAGGUGCAGUAGCACCUUUACUCAUCAUCAAAGAACUCACACUGGAGAGAAACCUUAUAAAUGUUUUGAGUGUGGAAAAAGCUUCAGUGACAGUAGCAACCUUACCUCACAUCAAAGAACUCAUACAGGAGAUAAACCUUAUAAAUGCAUGGAGUGUGGAAAGAGCUUCAGUGACAGUAGCCACCUUACUUCGCAUCAAAGAACUCAUACAGGGGACAUACCUUAUAAAUGCUUGGAGUGUGGAAAGAGCUUCAGGUGCACUGGCCACCUUACUUCACAUCAAAGAACUCACACAGGGGACAAACCUUAUAAAUGCUUUGAGUGUGGAAAAAGCUUCGGUGACAGUAGCAACCUUACCUCACAUCAAAGAACUCACACAGGAGACAAACCUUAUAAAUGCAUGGAGUGUGGAAAGAGCUUCAGUGACAGUAGCCACCUUAAUUCGCAUCAAAGAACUCAUACAGGGGACAAACCUUAUGCAUGCUUGGAGUGUGGAAAGAGCUUCAGUCAGAGUAGCCACCUUACUUCACAUCAAAGAACUCACACGGGGGACAAACCUUAUAAAUGCUUGCAGUGUGGAAAGAGCUUCAGGUGGAGUAGCCACCUUACUUCACACCACAGAACUCACACAGGGGACAAACCUUAUAAAUGCUUGCAGUGUGGAAAGACCUUCAGGUGGAGAAGCAACCUUACUUCGCAUCAAAGAACUCACACAGGGGACAAACCUUAUAAAUGCUUUGAUUGUGGGAAAAGCUUCAGUGACAGGAGCACCCUUACUAAACAUCAAAGAACUCACACAGGGGAAAAACCUUAUAAAUGCUUGGAGUGUGGAAAAAGCUUCAGUGAGAGAUGCUCCCUUACGGUGCAUCAAAGAGUUCACACCGGGGACAAACCUUAUGCAUGCUUGGAGUGUGGAAAGAGCUUCAGGUGGAGUAGCCACCUUACUUCACAUCAAAGAACUCAUACAGGGGACAAACCUUAUAAAUGCUUCGAUUGUGGGAAAAGCUUCAGUGACAGGAGCACCCUUACUAAACAUGAAAGUACUCACACAGGGGAAAAACCUUAUAAAUGCUUGGAGUGUGGAAAGAGCUUCAGGUGGAGUAGCCACCUUACUUCACAUCAAAGAACUCACACAGGAGACAAACCUUAUAAAUGCAUGGAGUGUGGAAAGAGCUUCAGUCAGAGUGGCCACCUUACUUCGCAUCAAAGAACUCACACAGGGGACAAACCUUAUGCAUGCUUGGAGUGUGGAAAGAGCUUCAGUCAGAGUAGCCACCUUACUUCACAUCAAAGAACUCACAUGGGGGACAAACCUUAUAAAUGCUUCGAGUGUGGAAAAAGCUUCAUUGAGAGAUGCUCCCUUACGGUGCAUCAAAGAGUUCACACAGGGGACAAACCUUAUGCAUGCUUGGAGUGUGGAAAGAGCUUCAGGUGGAGUAGCCAUCUUACUUCACACCACAGAACUCAUACAGGGGAAAAACCUUAUAAAUGCUUGGAGUGUGGAAAGAGCUUCAGUGACAGUAGCACCCUUCUGGUGCAUCAAAGCACUCACACAGGGGAAAAACCUUACAAAUGCUUGCAGUGUGGAAAGAGCUUCAGGUGGAGAAGCAACCUUACUUCGCAUCAAAGAACUCAUACAGGGGACAAACCUUAUAAAUGCUUAGAGUGUGGAAAGAGCUUCAGUCGGAGUAGCACCCUUACUUUGCAUCACAGAACUCAUACAGGGGACAAACCUUAUAAAUGUUUAGAGUGUGGAAAGAGCUUCAGUCGGAGUAGCCACCGUACUUCACAUCAAAGAACUCACACGGGACAAACCUUAUAAAUGCUUGGAUUGUGGAAAGAGCUUCAGUCAAAGAAGCUGAAUGUUGGAAGAUUCAGGACAGACAAAAGGAAGUACUUCUUUACUCAGCACAUAGUUAAACUAUGGAAUUUGCUCCCACAAGAUGCAGUAAUGGCCACCAACUUGGAUGGCUUUAAAAGAAGAUUAGACCAAUUCAUGGAGGACAGGGCUAUCAAUGGCUACUAGCCAUGAUGGCUGUGCUGUGCCACCCUAGUCAGAGGCAGCAUGCUUCUGAAAACCAGUUGCCGGAAGCCUCAGGAGGGGAGAGUGUUCUUGCACUUGGGUCCUGCUUGCGGGCUUCCCCCAGGCACCUGGUUGGCCACUGUGAGAACAGGAUGCUGGACUAGAUGGGCCACUGGCCUGAUCCAGCAGGCUCUUCUUAUGUUCUUAUGUUCUUAUGUUCAGUCAGAGUGGCCACCUUACUUUGCAUCACAGAAUGCAUACAGGCAACAAACAUUUUACAUGCUUGGAGUGUUGAAAGACCUUUCGUCAGAAUGGCUAUCUUUAGGCACAUCAAAGGAUCUGUACAAGGGAAGAGAUGUAUAAAUGCUUUGAUUGUGGAAAAAGCUUUAAACAGAGUUCAACUCUUUCUUUGCAUCAGAGUAUCCAUACGGGGAAGCUGGGCUACCAACAGGAUCUUUAUGGGGAGUCUUCUUCUCUUAGCUUAACCACACACUGUUCCUCUUCCCUUCACCUGUAUCUUUGUGGCCUGUCAGUUUUUCCUUUGCAGAGACAGAGACAUUUUUGCUUUUACAGAGUUGGGUGAGCACCCAAGAUGGAUGCUGAGUCCAAGGUGGCUGCAGAAGCCAAAAUGGCCUCUCAGUUGUCCACUUUUUCCCCAUCAUAUCUCCCUCUCUGGCAGUUUCUAGCUGCCAGAUUCAAUAUUCAAUUAAGGACAUUUCAUGUAUUACUUUAUCUACUUCCUCUAGAUCCUCUGUCAUUGUUACCUCCAUGUGCAUCAUUCGAACAUCAGUUUUUGUGAUGGACUUAGUAGUCUUUGCCACACAGCAUCUAAUACAACAUAACACCAACUGGAUUAUUACAUAUAUGAGCACAAGCAAACAUUAUCCCAUUAUAACAUAUUUUAGCAGAUUUUUUCCUAGGCCUCCUAGCCAUCCACCUGGAUUUGGUAGCCAUCCCCACCAAUCAAAAUCGCUACUCCGGUCAACAUAAGCUACUGCUGCUAUUUGCUCAGCAUGAUCUAUUAUGGAGUUGGCAUGGGAUUCAAUCUCUCCAGCUGAACUGUUUAUGUAGGAACAACAUUUGCUCCCAAGGAUGGCACAAGUUCCUCAGUCCGUAGCGAGGAAAUAGUCCACCUCCAUCCUGUUUUG